UACUCCAUCUUUGUAUUUUGGAUCAUAUGGCAUCAGCUACUCCUUCACCUCUUGCCAGUUCUGUAGAGAAGACAAAUGGAGCCAAGCUCAGCCGACUUCUCAUCGAUGGUGGAACAACAGUUCUCAGGAACGUUUUCAAUGGAUAUCAUCCCCCAGCAAGUCUUGCAGCCGCGUUGAAUACAAACUAUUUGACUCUUAAAAAUCUGUUGAAAAGAAAGAUUCUACACAAACCUCAAUGGGAUCUAUUGUUCCCUCCAAGCGGUGCUCCUCCAGACUCCCAAACAUUUGAUAUCACUCUUUUAUUCCUUCUCUUAACCAACAUUUGUGGUCUCUCUCCACCCCACUCUGGGUGGCACACUAAACCAUCUCCAAGUGACAACUCCCUUGAAGCAAAUCUUGCUCGCAUAAAGUUUCACCGCAAUGAAUUGUAUGGCCAUGUUACCACAACUGGUAUUGCUGAUCCAGCUUUCUCAACUCUGUGGCAGGAGAUCAGUGCUGUUCUUGUUACUCUUGGCUUGAGGCAGGCGGAAAUUGAUAGAUUGAAGGCUGAGCAUUGUGGAGAGCAAGAGUUCUUAGAUGCGUUGCUUAAGUGGGCUGAAUCUGAGGAAGAUAUAAAAUCACAGCUGAAGGACAUACGGGAUAUUGAGACCAAAGUGCUGCAAACUGUUGAUGAAGUACGGCAGAUUCAGUCCUUUGAUCACGAAACUAUUCCUGACUUCACGAGCGCUACAUUAAAUUUUGGCCCUCGAUCUCCAUGUAAGAAGACAAAUGGAGCCAAGCUCAGCCGACUUCUCAUCGAUGGUGGAACAACAGUUCUCAGGAACGUUUUCAAUGGAUAUCAUCCCCCAGCAAGUCUUUCAGCCACGUUGAUUGCAAACUAUUCAACUCUGAAUACUCUCUUAAAGAAACGAAUUUUACACAGAUCACAAUGGGAUCUAUUGUUUCCUCCAAGCGGUGCUCCUCCAGACUCCCAAACAUUUGAUAUCACUCUUUUAUUCCUUCUCUUAACCACCGUUUGUGGUCUCUCCCCACCCCCCUCUAAGUGGCACAAAAAACCACCUCCAAAUGACAAUUCCCUUGAAGCAAAUCUUGCUCGCAUAAAGUUUUACCGCAAUAAAAUGUAUGGCCAUGUUACCACAACUGGUAUGGCUGAUCCAACUUUCUCAACUCUGUGGCAUGAGAUCAGUGUUGUCCUUGUUGCUCUUGGCUUGCGGCAGGCAGAAAUUGAUAGAUUGAAGGCUGAGCAUUGUGGAGAGCAAGAGUUCUUAGACGCGUUGCUUGAGUGGACUGAUUCUGAGGAAGAUAUAAAAUCACAGCUGAAGGACAUACGGGAUACUGAGACCAAAGUGCUGCAAACUGUUGAUGAAGUACGGCAGAUUCAGUCAUCUGAUCACGAAACUAUUCGUGAAAGUAAAGCAAAGCUGGUAGAAGUUCAUCAGUUGCAGAAGAACUUGCAAGAAUCUGUCAGUGUUGUUCAUCAGAAUCAACUUCAAGACAGUAAAGCCAUUCAAGAUACCAAGUUAACAGUUGAAAAAGUCUCCGAGAAACUUCAAACUUUGGAGGAGGCAUCCCAGCACACCAUUCAAAAUUUGAAUGACGAGAAUGAGAGCAUCAGGGAUGACAAAGUCCUUGCGAAACUAGCAAAGGUGGACAAUUUAGCUGAAAUAAGACGCCAUGCAAGCAGAUAUGUUGAGGGAACUCGUUUAUCGAUUCUUAAAGAAGUCGAGAGGUGGUUAGCCGACAAAAGUUCUCCAAAUAGAGUGAUUGUUAUCAGCGGGAAUGCUGGAAUGGGAAAGUCUGUAAUCUCAGCUGUCUUGUGCCAAAAGAUGUUAGAGGCUGGACGAUUGUCAGGGAGCCACUUCUGUCGGCAUAACAUGGCACGGCGAAGGAAUCCCAAAGUGAUGCUGCAGUCGUUAGCCUGUCAGCUUUCCGAAUCGCUGCCAGAGUACAGGAAGGCUCUCGUGAAGAAGUUGUCGAGAAAUGUGGGCGUUGAAAUUGGAGACAUGGAAGUGGAAGAACUGUUUGAAUUCUUGUUUAAGGAACCUCUUUCAGAUUUGAAAGAUCCAGACUCUAUCCAUCUCAUGGUUAUAGAUGGCUUAGACGAAAGUGAAUACCAGGGGCGUAAUGAGCUUUUAAAUGUGACUGCGGAUUACUUCAAGACGCUUCCGUGUUGGAUACGAUUUGUGGUAACAACGCGACCUGAAAUGAAUAUCUUAGAGAAGAUUCAAGACCUAAAUCCAAUACAGCUGAACCCAAACGAUCAAGAAAACUUGAUGGACGUUAGGCUUUGCUUUCAAGAGCAACUGGAACAUGUUCUGCAAUCGGAUUGCCAAGAUACCAUCUUAGAAAAGCUUGUUGAAAAGUCAGAAGGGGUCAUGUUAUAUACCUAUUACCUGGCAGAGUUCAUUAAGAAGAAUGCUGUGCGUAUGAGUGCUGCUGAAGUGAUCAACAGCGACUUGCCAUCAGGUAUUUCGUCCGUUUAUCAAGACUACUUCAAACGCCUGAAAAAUGAAAUGCAGAAAGAACUAGGUAUCACCGAAGAGCAGUUCUUCGAUUUUUUAAAUGCCAUGGUGGCAGCAAGAGAACCAUUACCUGUCGAGUUUGUCUACAAGUUGUUCCUUUCAAAAGAAUGGUCAUCGGCUGAUGAGCAAAAAGUACGAGACGCAGUUGAUUGUAUCUCGGCUCUUCUACCCAUUGAGGGCGAGUGCAUUAACUUCUUUCACAAGUCAGUCAAGGACUGGUUGGUUGAGGAGUCUACUUCGAGGCAAAAGAAGUUUAUUGUUAGCGGAAAAGAAUGUCAUCGCGUCAUUGCAAAGCUUUGCAGAGAUGAACUAGAUGAAUUGAAACUUAAAGGGAUCCAGAGUUCAACACUGAAACAGACGUCGAGGUAUGCCUUGCAGCAUGGUGUUCAGCAUGUACUUGAGGUAGAAGAGAAUGCUUGUCCAUGUAGCCUGGACGACAUUGUAAAGAAUUAUGUUUUGGACCUAGAAUUGGUCUAUGCAAAGCUAACUGUGAAGAGUACAGCAGCCACUGAAGAUGUUCUUUGCGUACAAGAGAAGGAAAAUACAAAUGGUUUGUCAAAGAAUUGCAGGGAAGUCCUUGAGACGUUAUUGUUGCUAUUGCGGAAGCAUUUAAGUACUCUUUCAAAAAUUCCUCACGCCAUCUUUCAAGUCUUGUUGAAUGAAGGAGGACCUGAACUGUCUGCGAAGGCAUUAAGCUUGCUAAACACCAAGUAUACGGACUUACCAUACAUGGAAUAUUUGCGAAAGAAGGAGGAAAGAACAGAUGUUCUACUGCGGUUUUUUGCUUCAGAUGAGGUGAUCUGCUUUGAUGUCUCACCAAAUCAGGACUACCUGGUAUGCGAGUGUUCGAAUGACACAAUUCAUCUGUGGUCGCUCCGUACUGGCCAGCUAAUGUGGACACGCUCUGCGCUGGUAUCAAACAUUGAUUUUCAGGAUCACCUAGGGAACGCAUGGGAUUUCCUUUUCCCAUUUUACCGGUCAGUAGUUUUCCAUCCAACCUUAGACCUGAUCUUACAAGGGACUCUGUGUCAGGGUUAUACCUUGGUCGGAGACGUGAAACCUCUUUUCCGUUCGAGCGAGUGCCGGUUCCUAGUUUGUUCAAUAUCUGGUGACAAAAGCACGAUGCUGACUGACUGUCUGGACGGAAGGAAUUGCGUCAUCCAGUGGAGUCUAAAAGAUGGAAGUGAAAUCAGUCGUUUUACACACAAAUGCGAAAUUUUCUCUUUUGCUUGGUCUGCUAGUGGAAGACGGAUGGUGAUCGUCGAUUCUGACAAGUGCGCAUACCUCAUUGACAUGAAUGAUGGAGUUGAGACUCUAAUAUGUCCUUCAGUCUGGUUACCAUAUGUUAAGUUAACUCCUGACUGCCGUUUUUUUUUCUGUUUACUUUCGGAUGAGAAUGAACAUGAUUGGGAUUCGGAGCCCAAGCUUUUUUGUUUAGAUAUUGACAGGAACACUAAGUCAACAUAUAGUUUGGAUUGCAUUUUUGGGACGAGUUCCUACCAGUACGCCUCGGAAUUUGAAACUUGCAAUGAGAGUGGUUUCUUAUCAGGAGAUCCCUUUUGGUUUUCAGAUACAAAAAGAUUCCCAACUGUGGAUUUUGCACUUGUACUAGAAAAGCAGAUGUUACUAAGAGUUUCCCCUCACAGUAAAGUGAUUGAAAUGUGUCGCCUUAAUGACGUAAGGGAGUGGAGAUGUGAGAGUGGCGAUGAAGCGGGACAAAGCAUAGAACCCGGUGACAUUACGACAGAGAGAGCCGAAAAUAACGAUCUAACGGAACAUAACCUACCAGAAAUCAACAAUAUGCCGGAAAACGGUUUUGUUCAAAUUGAUUACUUUGAAUCAGCAGUUAGGGUUUAUUUCUCUGUUGAUGGUGACUCUCUUUAUACUGUGACAGGUGGAGGGAUCCAGAUAAUAAAUCUUGUGGCUGGCGAUGUUUUAAGUAAAAGGAUUAGAAAAAAGGAAUGUAUGAUUCUUGCACGGUCUGUACGUGUUGUGCCCGUCAAAAGAGGUGUCCUAUUUCAAACAAAUAGAGGCUCGCUUGAGUUGUGGAACUCUGAGUUGUCUGUUUGCAUGAAAAGGUGGACUGUGUUUCCUAUCUAUGAUGUUGUACCCUUAUCAGAGGAACGAGUCGCCUUGGCAACGGAGAAUGACUUUGAUGAGAGACAGGAAGUCACCAUUCUAGAUACAACGAGUGAAAAAAUUGUGUCAAAGAUUUCAAAUUUUGAAGGUGAAUUUUUGGCAUGUAAUAAUAAAUGGGAAGUGCUAACCACCACUGAUGGAGAGUCACUGCAGCUGUGGCGUGAAAACCGAGUGCUUUGGGAAACUUCAAAUAUGUUCAUUCCAUUUGGCCUUCCAAGUGCUAUUUUUUCUCCUACUGAAGAAAACGUCGUCACUUAUGGUGUAACUGGCUCUUACGUCCUCGACGCAGUUUCGGGAAAAGUGAUUCGUCAAUUGGAGAACAUGGUUGUAGGUGAUAUUAAGUUUAUCAGUAACGAGGACUGCAUUGUGGGCUUGAAUGAUUCAAGAGGUUUCUGUCUUCGAUUAUACAACGUUAAAUCUGGUGAUCUCCUCAGUGAAAUUGUAGAAGAACGACUAUUUCAAAGUUUUGCAGUUUGUCCUCGUAAGCGCUUGGUCGCAAUUUGCUUCAGACACUCCGAGGACCCUUUUGAAAUCAUUCAAGCGAAGCUGCCAGGCGAUAAAGAAAAGACAAACAUCGAAAGGUUGAACCUCCCAAAGUAAGACAUCUACAGAGAUUUACAGUUUCGUUGCUGAAUGGGAAAGACAUUGUCAGAAAGGCUGUAUCCCGCUGAUUUCUUUGCAUUCGAGUGGUUACGAUCUUCUAGUCCCGACAUCUGAACAGGAGAGACCGCUGAUCGAGAUGGGAGCGAGUACAAGAAUGAUUUCAGUGACAAAGCUGUUCAAGGUUUAAAUUAUAUUUUUCUUGUAGAGACUUCAUAAACAUUUUUAACUGUUCCCAGCGUAAACUUAAGACAAAUAUUUAACGCUGUAACUCCCAUGAGUGACCAAGACAGAAUUUCUCCUUACGAAAUCAAUAGAAUAUCAACCAGAUAAGUGAUGGGAAUAACGGAAAAUCUCAAUUUAGGGAUAAUUUAUUGAUCCAACACUAAAUUCCCUGAACUAACUUUUUAAAAAUUUCAUGUUUGACUGUAAGGAGAAUUACAAAUUUGAUCUGGGAGUUAAAGGGUUAACGAUCUAUCUUAUUGCUCCUGUGGUGUUUCAUCACCCAGCUACAAGCUAACAAUUUGUUUUGUGGAAGCGGAGUGUUGUAAGCAUUUCAUUUAGUGUUGAUUUGCAACUCGUUUAACUCGUGCGAUUAAUUUCUCGAGGAAAACGAAAAAGGUAAUGACAAAUUGUACAGUUCUCAGAAAGGCGUGAACUUCAUUUUCUGCAAAAUUACUUGUACAGCUUUAGACUGUUAGACAAGAAGAGAGAAAUAGCUUCUGGUGCCACUGGUUAUUCUCUCGUAUUUUUCGUGUGAAAGAGGUACUUUCAACUGUGUGUAAAUAAGAAACCAGCUGAAUUUAAAUCCAUUUUAUGUGUACAUAGCUUAUACCGGCCUGGUUGAAGAUGGAACCAGAAUGACCGCGAAGCAAUCGUUUUCCAACAUUUUCAGGAAAAAAGGAUAUUCAAUGCGCUGAUUUUUGCAUACAAAUUGGUUUGCGUAUGUUCUUGAAAUUUGAAGACAUUGCUUAAUUUUUGAAAAUACUUUCUUUUGUCGGGAAGGUGGGCUGUAGUCACUCAAAGUGAAGUAGUUUUACAAUAAAAUUGAAAC